AUGACAGCCCCACCCCACCCGCUCCCCCCGCCCCUCCGUGUCGGCUGGCACCGCGAGCACUUCCUCUCGCCGCUGCUGCAGCUCGCGACGCAGGACAACGGCAGGCACUUUGAGCUCGUCGAGUGUCCCGGCGGCACGGGCGAGAUGCAGGUCAAGCUCGCGAGCGGCGAGAUCGACGUUGCUAUCGCCCUCACCGACGCGCUGAUCGCCGGCCUCGCGAACGGCCAGGACGCGUACAAGCUUGUCGGACGCUACAUUGCGUCCCCGCUCCGCUGGGCCAUCGUCACGGGCAAGGAGAGCAAGUACACCGAGGUCUCGCAGCUCAAGGGCACGACGUUCGGCAUCUCGCGCCUGGGUUCGGGCUCGCAGGUCAUGGCAUCGGUGCUCGCCCUCCGCGAGAACUGGGCGCCGGCCGAGUACCCCAAGUUUGAGGUCGAGGGGCAGUUCAAGCCCCUCCGCGACUCUGUCAACUCCGGCAAGACCUCCGUCUUCCUCUGGGAAUGGUUCACGACGAAGCCGUUUGUCGACAGCGGCGAGGUGCGCUUCAUCGGCAGCGUGGAGACCCCGUGGCCCUCGUGGUCGUUCGCAGCGUCGACAAAGGCCAACGACCACGCAGUCGCCAACUUCCUGUCCGCGCUCCAGCCGCACGUGCGCGAGUUUGACGCGCCGUCGUCGCGCGAGGGACCCGACAUUGCGUUCGUGUCCCGCACCUUCGGGCUCACCGAGGAGGACACAAAGGAGUGGCUCCAGACGGUCAAGUGGGAGCACCACCUCCCCGAGGUCUCGGAGGCAGUCGUCCGCACCGCACUCACCGUGCUUGAGAAGGCCGGCGUCGUAAAGCCCCGCGAGGGCGGCUGGAAGAUUGACCAGUUUGUCAACACGGCCGUGGCCAAGGUCGUCGAGUAGGGUGAAGCAGCAGCAGCGUAGGAGAGUGCUAUAAACAUGCAACCUAAUGUCUGUG